UGCAUGACAGAGAGAUUUCCUCUGACAGCGCAAUUUUUUGUUUGGCCCUGGAAAAGGCGAAUAAAAUUUUUCAUCAGAAAAAAGUGCAGAAAUUCCAUCCCAAAUGUGCAGUAGAAAGUGAAAACAGCAUCAGUGGUAGAUACACAGGCGGCUGCCAUAGGAUUUCAGUGAGAUUUGUGCACGUUUAAGGUGUCUACCGCAGAAGAAAAACAAGAUGGCAAUGUCAAAGGGGUUUCGUGUUCUGGAGAAAAAACAACCCCCAAGUCCUCAUAGCGUCAUCCUUGAGCAUCGAAAUAAAUCCGAGACACUUCUCUUUGAAUCUCAGGCUGUGGCUGUUCUCUCUGCCCAGGAAACUGAUGCCAUCAGGCGACAAUAUGUCAAAAUUGCUGAUGCCUAUGGGUGUUUGGGAGUUUUACAGCUCAAUGCUGGUGAGACAUCAGUACUCUUUCUCGUUCUGGUCACUGGAUGCUUCAGUGUGGGAAAAAUUGGUGAUGCUGAAGUUUUUCGCAUUACACAAACUCAAUUUGUCUCGCUGCAGCAUCAAUUGCUCAGUGAAGAGAAGAUAUCUGAAGUGCGAAAACUUCUGAAUUCGGGAACAUUCUAUUUUGCCUGGAAUACAUCACCGGUGAAUCAGCAGGUGUUUGAUAUUACGAUCUGUGCACAGAGAAAACGUCGGACAACGGAAACGGAUAAUCGGUUUUUCUGGAAUAGAAUGUUACACAUUCAUCUGAUGAGGUACAGUGUUGAUUGUGAUUUUUGGCUUUUGCGAGCGGUAUGUGGAUCUGUGGAAAUUAGAACGGUGUAUGCGGGCAGUAGGCAAGCUAGGGCGGCAAUUAUUUCGAGAUUGAGUUGUGAGAGAGCUGGAACGAGAUUUAAUGUUCGCGGUACUAAUGAUGAGGGACAUGUUGCGAAUUUUGUGGAAACUGAACAGGUGAUUUAUUUGGAUUCUGAUGUGACGUCAUAUGUGCAGACAAGAGGAUCUGUACCGUUGUUCUGGGAACAACCGGGUGUACAGGUUGGAUCGCACAAAGUGAAGUUGUCGCGGGGAUUUGAGGCAUCAAAGGUGGCUUUUGAACGUCAUAUGAAUAUGAUGAGGUGUUUGUACAAUGCCUAUGCUAUUGUCAAUUUACUGGGGACAAGUUUGAUUGGGAGCAAAGAGGGUGAAGCGAUGCUGAGUAAUGAAUUUCAGCGGCAUCAUAAGGAAUCACAGAAUUCCGAUGUGCCACAUAUUGUUUUUGAUUACCAUCAGGAAUGCCGUGGAGGAAAUAUGACGGCAUUGGGGAAACUUAAGGCUAGAUUGGAGGGAAUGUGUGCACCAUUUGGACUAUUUUUUGCUGCAGAUGAUGAAAUUAUGCGUGAACAGCGUGGAGUAAUUCGGACAAAUUGCCUGGAUUGUUUGGAUAGGACAAAUUGUGUACAGACGUUCUUUGGUUUGGAGAUACUCAAUGAGCAGAUUCAGUUACUGGGUUUGGGCGAUAAGAAGCAGAUGUUGAGUCGUUUCGAAGAAGUAUUUAAGCAAAUGUGGAUUAACAAUGGCAACGAAGUUAGUAAGAUAUAUGCGGGAACGGGAGCCAUUCAGGGUGGUUCAAAAUUGAUGGAUGGUGCAAGGAGUGCAGCUAGAACCAUUCAAAAUAAUCUCCUAGACAAUUCAAAGCAAGAAGCUAUUGAUAUUCUUAUUGUGGGAUCGACUCUGUCGUCAGAAUUGGCAGAUAGAGCACGAAUUCUCUUGCCAUCGAAUAUGCUUCAUGCCCCAACGCCAGUUCUCCGGGAAAUGUGUAUGCGAUAUGCUGAGUAUGUGACACCAAAGCCUCUCCGGGUGGCCGUUGGCACGUACAAUGUCAAUGGAGGAAAACACUUCCGAUCAGUUGUCUAUAAAGAUGUUUCAUUGGCUGAUUGGUUGUUGGAUUCACACUUAUUGGCCAGAACAAAGUCCCUCGUGGAUGUAUCAUAUGAUACAUCGCCCGAAGAGGAAGGAAUACCCAUUGAUAUCUUUGCCGUAGGCUUUCAGGAAAUUGUCGAUCUCAAUGCCAGUAACAUAAUGGCAGCCAGUUCGGACAAUGCCAAAGCCUGGGCUGAGGAAUUACAGAGGGUGAUGAGUCGUGAGCAUCCCUAUGUUCUCCUAACGAGUCAACAACUCGUUGGUGUAUGCCUAUUUGUUUUUGUGCGUCCCGAGCAGGCACAGUAUAUCCGGGAUGUAGCUGUUGAUUCAGUAAAAACGGGCCUAGGUGGAGCCACAGGUAACAAAGGAGCAGCAGCAAUAAGAUUUGUCAUCCACGGCACGUCAAUAUGCUUCGUCUGUGCUCACUUUGCAGCAGGUCAGAGUCAGGUGACCGAACGGAAUGCCGACUAUGCAGAAAUUACCAGAAAAAUUGCUUUCCCAAUGGGAAGAUCACUAAAAUCCCAUGAUUAUGUCUUUUGGUGUGGUGAUUUUAACUAUCGCAUUGAUAUGGAUAAGGAUGAGAUUAAGGAUUAUGUUCAACAGGGUCAACUUGAACCAAUCCUCGAGCAUGAUCAAUUGCGUAAGCAACAAGAUGCUGGUCAAGUCUUUGGUGAAUUUCUCGAAGGAGAAAUUACCUUUCCGCCAACAUACAAAUAUGAUCUGUUCAGUGAUGACUACGAUACCAGUGAAAAGGCUCGAGCACCAGCAUGGACUGAUCGGGUUCUGUGGAAACGUCGAAAGCCCCAUCCGGAUGCAGAUAAGUCACCGGAUUGGAAUAAUGGGCAACUAGUACACUAUGGACGGUCAGAGUUGAAACAGAGUGAUCAUAGGCCAGUGAUUGCUAUUAUUGACAUCGAAGUGGCGGAGAUUAAUGAGACUUGCCGCCAGAAGGUUUUCAAGGAGGUGAUGUCGGACCUAGGACCACCAGAUGCCACCAUUGUCGUGCAGACGGAGGACGCUAGUGAGGAGGACAGAGGAGAAGGAAGUAUCUACGAUGAGAAUAUCAUGACAGCGUUGAUUCAGGAAUUGGCACAAAUUGGAGAAGUGACUCUGGUGAGAUAUGUCGGGGAGACCAUGUGGGUGACUUUCCGCGAUGGACAGUCAGCACUGACGGCGGCCAAGAAGAAGAGAUUGCAGGUGUGCGGAGUGGAAUUACUGCUGAAACUAAAGACGGACAACUGGCUGACUUUGGUUGAACAAGAGAUUGCCAUUUGCUCACCAAAUACAGUGCCAUUCUGCGACAGCAACCUGACCAAUUCCUCUGUGACUCCAGACUACAAUUGUCUGGGCAUUCCUGAGGUUCCGAUGCGUCCUCCGGGGGCUCCGGGCGUUCCUGCCAAGCCGCCACCGCCAUCGAGGCCGCCUCUCCCAAAGUCCCCUCAGGCAUCGCCCAAGCACAUGCCAUCGCGAGCCGGAGUGAUCAGUGUUACUGCUGACAUUCUCAGUAAGACGAAGCCAGCAGUUCCUCCACCACCUGCUGCCAUGUCUCAUCCAGCACGACCUCCACCACCUCCCGCAGUUCCCUGCGAAUCGCCAGUACCGGAGCCAUCACCAACCACGGACACAGGAGCCAUUUAUGAGGAGAUUAAUGAUGAUAUUGAGAUCCCAAAGCCACGUGAACCGGCUCCAGUAUUGCCACCACAGCCGAAUGAUGUCUAUGAUCUCGAUUCAACGCCCGCCCGGAGCCCUGCAAAGAGUGUUCCACCAUCAGCAGCUCCGCCACCAUUACCGAUGCGUCGCAAUGCACCUCCUCCGAUUCCAGGUAGGUCAGGUAUUCCUCCGCCCCUUCCAGCACGUCCCAAUAACCAAAAUCCCUAAAAACCCAUGGCCCAAACUCAGAAAAAAAAGAAGUUACUCAUUAGCUAAUUAUUAGUUACUAAACGAAAGCAAAAAAAAAGAUUUAUCAGAGAAUAUAUUAGUGCAAAAGAUAUGAAAAUGGAGAUGAACGUUAUCGAUAAGAAAGACAUUCCAAGUAAUUACCUUGUUAUUUAUUGUAUGAAGCUAUAUAUAUGGAAGUUAGUUGAAAAUAGAAAUGAAACAAAAGAAUAUCAAAUCAGUUAAAUUAUGCUUUAUUGAGAUGAGGAAAAAAAAAAUAAGAAACAAUAUGAAAGACAGACAACAGAAUAAUUGAAAGCAAAGAAAAAAAAAACACUAAAUGGAAACUAUAGUGCAAUAAAUAAAUUAUGUGUAGAAGAAAA